GGGAGCACGCACCAGAGGGAGCGCCACCUGGCAUGCCUGGACCAGUCCCUGUUCAACUGCGCUGCGGAACGGUUGCUGGCAAGGAGAAGCACCGCAUUUGAGAGUAAGCUGGACUUCUUGAUGCUGAUCUGGACCCCUUUUGUGACCCUGGAACUUGACAAAGCUCGAACACCUGGAAUUGACAGCAUUCAGUAGUCUUGGAGCCCUGAACCAGGGCCAUAACACAUCUAGUGGGGUGCAGGGGUGCUGUCUUGUGUGGUGCAACCCCCUUCCUGUUGGUCUAAUUCAUGCAUGUAAUGGAUGAUGAUCUCGCUGGCUUUGUCCAGUCUGUGCUGCCAAACUCAAGUACAAUUGAACUGGUGUUGGAGGCUCUACAGACACUUGGUGUGGAAACCUUGGAUGACCUGAAAUAUGUCCAGGAACAAGAUCUCGUCAAUGUCCUGAGGCCAAUUGAAGCAAGAAAAAUGAUUGAACAUAUUAAAGCUUUAUCUAAAAAGGACGCCAGCGAGAUUCCUGAGCCGCCCUCCAGAGCUGAGCUAGCCUGUCCCAUAGCCACAGCGAGAGGAAUGAGAAGUGUAAUCCCAGGCACAGACAGUUCAUCCCCAAGUGAAUAUUGUGCAGACAACUCCAGCUCUCCACUGUCUACCCCAGGCUCAAGUACACCUUCAACGCCUCGUGUACAGAGUGCAGUGAACAACAACUGGCACUUCAUUUUUGAGAUCCCCUGGAGCAAAAUGCCAUCAGAAUUUAAAAGAAAGCUUGAAAACAGAGAGCGGCCAUCAGGACGUGAAAGACGUGAAUUCAUUCGCCUGAUGGUAGGCGAAAUCCUAACCAUCUGCCCUACACCAGGGAAGAAACAUCUUAGUGAAAUUGCCAGGAAGAUUGUUUCAGCUUAUCCUCUGUCAUUCAGAGAUGUUAUUGAAGAUCAAGUUGUAGGUAGCGGUUAUGACUCUCUUACCAAGCAGCUGCAGAGCAGGGUUGACAACAUCAAUAGGGGAAAAACUUCCCUCUACCUAAAAAGACAGGCAUCCAGCACAAGUGAGGGAGAAGACCCGCCGUCCAAGAUGGUGAGACUGGAUACCUAUGGCUGUGUAAACUGGCAGCCAAAGCGGCUGCCACCACAUGAAACUGAGGACACUCAGAAACGUACACAAGAGGAACUAAAGAACAUGCACAAAAACAGAAGCAAUGACACCAGAAAUAUUGCCAAGAAAAUGGUGGCAACUUUCUACACUCAGAGAAACGACAUAAUAAGUGGAAUGGAAACCCUUGUGUUGGUAAGAGAGUGGCCAUAUCUGUUUGAGAUGUGUGGCAUGAUUGCUCACUUCAAAGAACUCACGGGUGUGGAUGUUGACAGGGAAGCUAUGUCAGUUAAAUGUGCAAGAGUCGUGUCAUACCUUGCAUCCCAUGAGAAGAAGAGCAAAAUAGAAGAUAUCCUAGCCGGUAUGGAAAUUGCUAAAGUGAACCAUCUAGAUGCUGAUCUUCCUGGAUGUCUGAUGCUGCUCUUGAAGCACUUCAAUGAAGCCCAGGGCAAGAUGUUCCUGGUGGUUGAUAAAACAUGUCUGCCAUCUGAAGUUGGGGUACUUCCAAGCACACCAUGCAUUGUUGCGUGUGGGAAUUCUCCCUUGACAGCAGGACACUUCAUGCUUGCAGUGGACCAGACCAUCGUGAAUGGCAGCAUUCAAAAUUUUUGUGAUGCCCUUAUACUGAUGUUUGCAUCGUACUACUGCCUCAACAUCAGUUAUCCAGCAGACCUGGGAGCAACUCUGGAAUUCUUGCAGAGAUGCCUCUUCAAGAUAAAUCCAGACAAGGGGACCAAAGUGGAGAAGAAAGAAUCAAAAAAACAGCAGUCCAUCAAUCCCAAGGUUCUUUCACUGAUUAGAAACAUUGCAGACUUUGAGUGGAGAGAGUAGAAGACAUCACACAUGCACAUGCUCACGUGUGCACACAAACAAUCAUCUCCCUCAUAGAGACACACAUCAAGUCACUUUCUUUCAUAUAAUUAGGCAUGUUACACAAGCCAUUUCAAGUUGAAUUUGUUAAUUUGUUUAUGUUUGUUUGCUAAUAUGUAAUGUUUAAAUGCUCAAGUGUUGUAAGACUGCAUAUUGUCUGGAAUUUUGGAUAUCAUAUUACCGGCACAAGAGUAUCUUUUCCACGUUAACCCUUUGAAACCUUGAAUGUUGUCAGAUAUGUUGUUUAAAUGCUUGUAAAAAGGCUGUAUUUAGUCACAUUUUCAACAUCAUUUAAGGGUUGCAUUACAGUAAAAGAUGCAAAUGUUCUCAUUUGUUCAUGUAAUAAUUGCUCCUUUGGGUUUACUUAUCCUACAAAAGACUGUUAAAAAUGCAACUGAGGAAAUAUUUUGUGAAAACACAGAAUGAUCAUUGAAAUAUCACAAUAUUGAUUUCUACGUUAUCUAGGUAUUUGGUCAAAAAUAUGAUAUUUAAAAACCCUGUGAAAUGGACUCUGCACUGUAUUUCCUGUUGUUUGGGCCCUACAUAGCGCAGGGAAUGAUCAUUUAAAAGUGCAAACCAACAGGAUGUCAUUUAGGGAGAAGAAUGCCUUUUUAUUUGAAGGCACAGGUGGAUGAAAGAGGAACUUUAAAGAUAUGUAUAAUAUGCUGUUGUGUUGUUGCUGAGGCAUUUAUGUUAACAAUUAAAAAAGUAAG